GGUCGGCGGACGGUGAGACGGAAUUAGAAGGAGCGAGAAGAGAGAGAGAGAGAGAGAGAGCUGGGGAGUGGGGGAAGGUCGGUGGACGGCAAGAAGGCGAUCUCCUCUCGCGCUCGCAUUGUCUGGGGAGCAGCUGUCGCCCUCCCACCUAGAUUUCCGCCAUCCGCGGCCGCUGCUGGUGCCGAGGCCGUACCCCGAUCUCGUUCCGUUCCGAUCCGAUGUGCUAAGAGCGAGAAGAGAAGGAGAUUAUUCCUGGUCUUCCUUCUCGAGUCUUGACUUGGGAUUCGAGAGAGAGAGAGGGAGGGAGGGAGACGCAGAUCUGAGCUGAUAGAUAAAUAGGUUUAUUUGCCUCACAGAUCGGAGAGCAGAUUCACGCGCCCCAUCAACACGGAUCGCUGCUUUCCUCCCAGCCCUUUCCCUCCGCUUAACUAAGAGACGUCGUAUAUGCGCCGCCGGAACAAAGUUAAAGAUUGAUUAAAACAUCAAGAUGUCAUAGCUUACAGUAUUGAUCAAAAACCCUUCCACUAAACCUUGAAACCAAAUCUCUCUUUGAAUGAGCCACCAUCCAUGCUUGACAGAUUCAAUUGGCUGCAUCUAUUUCCAAUUGCUAACUACCUGCUUGCCGGAUUUUGAGGGGAUGUAGCGUAUCAGGUCAGGACUUGUGGUGCAGGAGGUCCAUCCAGUGCAUCUACUUCUAGCAACCAGUAGCUCAUUGCAUUCACCACAGCAGCACAGAGCAUUUGGGAGUGAUUGAAAGGAAAAGAGGAUUAACUUGUUGUCGAAGAGAAAAUGGCACCCAGCACCAUCAGAAAGGCCCUGGGAACAGUGAAGGACCAGACAAGCAUUGGUCUGGCGAAGGUGUCCAGCAAUAUGGCCCCUGACCUUGAUGUGGCCAUCGUCAAGGCUACGAGCCACGAUGAUGAGCCUGCUGAUGAGAAGUACUUGAGGGAGAUCCUCAACCUGACCUCCUACUCCCGUGCAUAUGUCAGUUCCUGCAUUGCAAUGGUGUCCAAGAGGCUGGGCAAGACCCACAACUAUAUCGUGGCCCUCAAGUGCCUCCUGCUUGUACACCGCCUCCUGGUUGAUGGAGACCCAGCUUUCCAGCACGAGAUCCUCUAUGCAACUCGAAGGGGAACUCGCCUCCUCAACAUGUCUGACUUCCGUGACGACGCUCACUCCAACUCAUGGGAUCACUCUGCCUUUGUCCGGACCUAUGCACUCUACCUGGACCAGCGGCUUGAGUGCAUUGUCUAUGAGCAGAAGCAGCUUGGUGGUCGCAAUGGCAACAGCCGCCCAUACCAGUCACCAAGGGGGGAGCCUGAUCCAUACACCUAUGGGAGUUACGGGAGGUCCUCAUACUCAUCCCCACCAGGAAUUGGGAGCGGUGGGUAUGAUGAGAGGCAGAGGGGGGAAGAGAGGAAGCCACCAACUCCCCUGAGAGACAUGAAGCCAGAGAGGGUGCUGGGCAGGAUGCACCAUCUGCAGCAGCUACUUGAUCGCUUCCUUGCCUGCCGUCCCACCGGCGCUGCCAAGCACAGCAGGAUGAUCCUCAUCGCUCUCUAUCCGAUUGUCAGGGAAAGCUUCCAGCUCUAUGCUGACAUCUGCGAGAUACUAGCUGUCCUUCUGGACCGAUUCUUCGACAUGGACUACCCAGACUGCGUCAAGGCAUUUGAGGCCUAUGCCAGUGCUGCCAAGCAGAUCGACGAGCUCUGUCUUUUCUAUGGUUGGUGCAAGGACACAGGUGUGGCCCGUUCAUCGGAGUACCCAGAGGUGCAGCGUAUUACAGACAGGCUUUUGGAAACAUUGGAGGAGUUCAUGAGGGACAGGGCAAGGAGGCCCAAGAGCCCUCCGAGGGAGCCAGCCCCUGAGACUGGGGAUGAAGAACCGGCACAGGAUAUGAACAGCAUCAAAGCUCUCCCGGCACCUUCAGAUUGCACAGAGCAGAGGCCAGAGCCAGAACCAGAGAAGGUGGCGGAACCGCCUAAGAAGCAGCAGCAGGAGGAGACCGACUUACUGAAUCUCAGGGAUGAUGCCCCUUCUGCAGAGGAUCAGUCUAACAAGCUUGCAUUGGCUCUUUUCUCGGGUCCAGGGGCGGCAAACCGUGCCAAUGGGUCAUGGGAAGCCUUCCCCUCGAAUGGUGCCCCCGGACAAGGUGAGGUGACUUCUGCAUGGCAGACACCUGCAGCCGAGCCUGGGAAGGCAGAUUGGGAGCUUGCCCUCGUGGAGACAGCAAGCAACCUUGUGAAGCAGAAGGCGACAUUGGGCGGUGGCUUCGACCCAUUACUCUUGAACGGAAUGUACGAUCAAGGAGCAGUGAGGCAGCAUGCGAACGCCCAGAUGAGCACCGGGAGCACAAGCAGCGUGGCCUUGCCUGGGCUUGGUCAGAAGACUACUCCGGUGCUGGCCCUGCCUGCACCCGAUGGCACCAUCGAGACCAUCGGGCAGGAUCCAUUUGCUGCGUCUCUCAGCUAUCCCCCGCCUUCCUAUGUGCAGAUGGCAGACAUGGAAAGCAAACAGCAGUUUCUGGUGCGGGAGCAGCGGAUGUGGCAGCAGUAUGCGAGGGAUGGAAUGCAGGGCCAGGCGAGCUUGGCCAGGCUCAACAACAGCUACUUCCCCAACCCAGCCAUGCCUUACGGAAUGCCACCAGCCUAUAAUGGUGGAUACUACUACCCGACUUACUGAGUCUCGGUGCUCUUCAUUCCUUGUAUUUAUGGUUUUGGGUUGCCCUGCGGCGUCGGUCAAUCUCUCAUCUCUGGAUUGAACUUUUUCGUCUGUAUUCAUGGUCGCUUGGUACAUGCAUUCGUUGUUGGGACUCGCUUCGGAUGGAGGCGAUUUGAGAUGUUCUUUAUUUAGUUUCUUCCUUUUAUUCACGCUUUUCUUUUUAUUCCAGAGAUCUUGUUUGACUGCAUGAAAGCGGGAUGUUGGGAUUGACUGGGUUCAGAUGUACGACGAUGUGAGGCAAUGGUCUCCUGCACUUCCGGUAGGAGUCUUCCCUCGUCAUGAGUCGAACAUCUGGCAGACGCUGACCAUGUAUUAUUAUACUCUGUAGUGCAAUAUCUGGUGGAUUUUUUA